UCUACCAAAUGUUUUUGAGAUGGUCAUGUUGUGCAAUUAAAUAUAAAUGUGUGAAGCUCUCCAUAUAAGGCUUGCUCUUGUUUUGCUCCGCUUUGUUGUUCUGAUAAACAACAUCGCCAUCUCUAAACCUGCAUGUAAUUUUUGCAAGGGGGCUGUGAAUCUUUAUAAUUUCUUUGGUCAAAUGCUUAUGCUUUCAUAUUGCUAGUAACAAUUACUGCGAUUUAGAUUUCCAUUUUGCUAUAAAAUGCUCAGAAUAAUGGAAUUUACAUAAAUGUAGUUGAAAACAUGAAUGCAUGAGCAUUUUCUAAACAUCUCUAUGGUGAAGGAUAAACAGUUCAUUUGUCAGGGCUUUUACAAAACUUAUCUGAUAGCGUUAGUUGAUGUAAUUACAAAGGAUAAUGUCCCCCAUACAUUUUCUAGCCUUCUAAUGCAAUUAUAACCAGGGGUCUACAAUUAUCACCAAAUUAUCACCAAAUUUUGUAUUUCAGAAUUUCAGUAUUUAUGAAGCUGCACUUUAAUUCUUGCUUUUUCUUUUUAGACUUAUUCUGAUUUGAUAUAAUCCUAGUCAUGUAUUCCAGAACUGUUCUUGUUUUACUGUGUACCAUAUAUGGACAAUUGCUAUACACAGUUUAAAUUAGAGCAUCUGAAUAUAUGUUAUAUUAAAUAAAAAAUGUAAAAAUAUAUCCAGGUUUUCAGCCCUAUGCAGUGCUUUUUUUUGAUAUGUUUGAAAUAAUGGACUGUAUAAGGUGGUAUCAAUAUGUUUACUUGUAGGUGAAAUUAGAAGUAAUUGUUUUUAUCUUUUUUCCAUGCUUUCCUGCGACCUCUCUUUUAGAAGGUGACAAAGGUGAUGUAAAAGGUACCACCCCUAGUCCAACUCCUGGUGCAAAAAGUAACGAGCCAUCGUUGUUCGAUACAGAAGAUAUGACAUUGACGGCUACCAUGGCAACUGGUCAACCAGCUGCUGUGGAAAUGAGCUUCGAUCCCCCAGCUGUGCCACCAGCCCAAAAUGACCCAUUUGCCCCAAGUGGAGAUCUACCAACAUCUGCAACAGAUCAAGAAGUUACAGCAGCAUUUGAGAAUGACUUUGUGCCUACUACUACUAGUAAACCAACUCCCACACAACCCAAAACCACCACUCCAACAUCUAAAGAAACUGUUCCCCCAGCAAAGGAAACUACCACAAGCACCACUACAGUGCAACAUAAUACGCCAAGUGAACCUGCUCAAAAUGAAACUGAUGUCCAAUGUGAGGCUCCUAUACCCAUUUCCGUUACGAUUCUGGCACCUUCACCUGUUCCGCCUGAGGCCACAUCUGAGGAACAAACUCAAGAUUCUAUAAUUGAUACAUCAAGUGAUGUCACAGUAAAAUCUAUGCAAGCAACUGAAGAGACAUUGACAAACGCUCCAGUGAUAAGCCCAACCCCUGCAGUUUUACAGCCAUCUCCAUCACCAAGCCCAACACCAUCACCUACCAAACAGCUGACUCCCUCAGUUGCUGCACAACCAGUGACACCACAACAUAAACCAGCCAGUGCAGUAGAUGACCUACUGGGAAUGGAUCUUAGUGGGACUGCUACAACAGAUACAACAGAACCACCACAAACACAAAGUGAAGCUAUAGACAUCCCAAAGGUGCAGCCUGAUUCUCAAACAAGUCUGAUGGGAUCAAGUCCAGAGAUGAUGGGCUUCCAAGGCAUGCAGCAGCAGCAACAAGGACAGUUUGGUGUGAUGGGAUCAAGUCCAGGAGGAACCAUGAUGAUGGGGCAGGUGCCCAUGAUGCAACAGCAAAUGAUGCCUGGGAUGGGCAUGAUGGGUACCUCCCCUGGGAGUAUGAUGAUGAUGGGUGGAUAUGGGAAUAUGAUGCAACAAGGGAUGCAGCAGCAAGCAGUUAAUCCUGCGGAUCAGCCAAAGAGGGUUUUAACUAGAGGAGAGAAACCAAAGCCAAGAAAUGCGCUAGAUGCCCUGGAUAUAGGAAUGUGUUCUGCCUUCAUAACAGGAAGUCCUAAGAAGGGCGGAUCUACCACAGGAAGCCCUGCCCAUUCAGGCGCUUCAGACACAAGCAAGUCUAGGCAGAUUAUUGUUGUCUUAUAAACACAUGCAUCAAAACUGGGAAUUUCGCCAUUGAGUUUACUGAAAAACUAAUUCAGAGCAAGAAAUAUUCAUUUUCAACUGUAUUCUUGAUUAUAUUAUCGGGAGGUAAAAUUGACAAUUAGUACAAAACUUUAUCAAGGUAUUUACAUACAGUUGGUUUAUUUAGAGCAUAUAUACAUAUGGCUUGAAAUCCCCAGUUUUUUAUUAGGAUCCUAUGAUGCCCAUAGUAUCAUGAUUGAUUAUGACAAUUAAAGUUGUUAAUGUUGUCAAGAUCUUAGAUGUACAGCCUGCAAUAUGAUCUAAGUCUUUUGUUUAAGACGUGUGCUAUGAUAUUAUUAGUGUUAACAUACACUGAAUUUUUAACACCUUUGUUGUGACAAAUAGCAUGAGCCCUUGCACAAAGCAUAACUAUAAUUAAUGACCCUAUUGUAACCAGAAAACAUAGGGAAAUGAAAGAAAAUAGCAAUUGAAACAGUAUCAGCCCAGCCAAGUCACACAUACUAGUCUGAUAUGUGAAGGAGUUCUUAAGAAUAUAACCCCUAAUCCAAAAUAUGACUGUCAAAUGUUAUUUCCAAUAUUUGAAAAUGAAUAUAGUUUAGCUUUAUGCUUUAUGGUACACUAGCACUAGCAGCCAAAAAGUUAUGGCUGUAUUACUGAGUUCCACAAGUGAAUUAUAC